CGAUAAACAUAUCUACAUAAUUUGGAUAAAUAAAUUAUAUUAUGAUGAAGACAAAUGCGAACCUUGGAAUGACGCGGGUUUGAUUAAUCCUAGCUUUAUUUGGGACUUUCAUUGAUGUGGCGGUAGCGCGCGCACGUGUCGCUCCGCUAGCUAGGCAAGGAUCUGAGGACUGACGGAGUGACAAUGGCGACGGAAGAGAAAGGGGAAGCGAGCGCGUUCAAGCCGGUGGACCUGGACAACAUCCUGGUGGAGGAGGUGGGGCAGUUCGGCAAGUACCAGAUCGUGACGCUGCUGCUCGCCGCCUUCCCCGUCAUAUUCUCCGCCUUUGCCUCCGGGGAAUACAUUUUCACAACCGCUAGGAUAAAUACGAGAUGUUUGAUACCGGAAUGUGACGGCUCCGACCCUGAGUUCUCCCCGAAGUGGGUGCUGAACGCGAUCCCCGCCAGCGGCAACACGUUUGAUGGUUGCGAGAGGUUUGGCAACCUGACCACUCCUCCCGUGGUGCCGGAGGGCGAGUGUCCCGCCUCGCUGUUCGACACCUCCAGGACUCAGACAUGCGACAGCUACGUCUAUGAGAAUCAGCUCAGCGUGGUCUACGAUUUCGACAUGGCAUGUGACGAGUGGCGUCGCUCUCAAAUCGGUUCAAUCCGUACGAUCGGUACUCUGCUGGUGCUGCCCAUCACGGGCUACAUCUCGGACCGCUGGGGGCGACGCGUGGCGCUCACCAUCAACGCCUUCAACACCGGCUGGAUCGGCCUCGUGCGCUCCUUCGUCAACUCCUACGAGUGGUUCCUCACGCUUGAAGUGCUCGAGUCUUCCGUUGGUGCUGGCGCUUACUCCUCUUGCUACAUCUUGGUGACGGAGUUGGUGGGUCCUCGGUAUCGUGUGAUAGCGGGUGCUACAAUCUCGACGCUGUUCGCUCUGGGUCAGGUGAUCCUUGGAUUCAUCGCGUGGGGUGUGCCAGCAUGGCGGCCGCUCACGCAGGUGCUGUACGCACCUCAGAUCCUCGUCGUCAGCUACUUCUGGAUCCUUUCCGAAUCCGUGCGUUGGCUCAUGAGUAAAGGCCGUUACGAAGAGUCCGAGCAAAUUCUUAAAAAGGUUGCCAAAGCCAAUAAGAAAGAACUCUCAGAGAAGAGUUUGCAGGCGCUGCGUGACACUGCCGAGGCUGAGAGGACAGCUGAAAAGCCGAAAGAACCUUGGCUGGUGUUUCUAGUGUUUAAAUCCCGUGUGAUAUUGUCGCGCUGUAUGGUGUCUCCGAUUUGGUGGAUCACGAACACCCUCGUGUACUACGGCAUGAACAUCAACUCGGUGAACAUGUCGGGUAACGGUUACCUGAACUACGUGGCGGUGGCGGCCAUCGAGAUUCCCGGCUACUGGACAGCCAUCUUGCUGCUCGACCGUAUCGGCCGCAAGCCCGUACUCAUCUGCGCGUACUGGCUCUGCGCCGCCUGCCAGUUCGCAUUCGCAUUCAUGCCUGAAGGUAACGACGGUUUGCAACUGGCGCUGUACCUGUUCGGCAAGUACUGCAUCGCGAUCGUGAUGACGUCUGUGUACGUGUACACGGCGGAGCUGUACCCCACCAAGUACCGACACAACCUGUUCGCCUUCUCAUCCAUGGUGGGCCGCCUCGGCUCCAUCACCGCGCCGCUCACGCCCUCCCUAGCUUCGGAAGUAUGGGAGCCAUUCCCGUCAGUGUUAUUCGGCAGCUUUGCCCUGCUCUCUGGUGCCCUCAUCUUCACGACGCCGGAGACGCUGGGCACCAAGCUGCCUGACACCUUCGAAGACGCGGAGCAGCUCGGCAAGACCAAGCCCGACACGCUAGUUUGUGCAGUGUGCUCGUAUAAGGUGGACAACAUGGUGGCUGCGAGUGAGGAGAAGCCUGGCGCUCCCGGCAGUGGCAAGCGCAGGCUGGAGCUGGACACGCUGCUGGUGGAGGAGGUGGGGCAGUUCGGCAGACAUCAGCUCAGGAGCUUCCUGUGGCUCGCCGUGUUAGUGGUGUUCGUGGCCUGCAGUAAUCAGGAGUACGUGUUCACUACUGCCAGGAUUAGCACCAGAUGUUUGAUAUCGGAGUGUGAAUCCGAACCUGCAGAAUUCUCCCCGGCGUGGUUGGAGAACGCUUUACCGUCGGGCUCCACUCCAGGCUCGUUCGACAACUGUCGGCGUUUCGGCAACUCGACUGCGGCCCUCGGCGAUAACAGCACUUGUCCAAGUUCGCUAUUCGACCGCGACUCUCUACUGCCCUGUGAUACUUACGUGUAUGAGAAUACACACACUGCCGUCUAUGACUUGGGACUGGCAUGCGACGAGUGGCGGCGGUCGCUGGUCGGCACAGUAUGCACAUUCGGCACGCUGACGGCGAUGCCCAUCACCGGCUUCGUGUCAGACCGCUGGGGGCGGCGCGUCGCGCUCACCAUCAACGCCGUCAACACGGCUUGGAUCGGCCUCACGCGGUACUGGGCUGAUACAUACAUCGGGUUCAUUCUUACAGAGUUUGCAGAGGCCACCUUUGGAUAUGGAUUGUAUUCUAGUCUCUAUAUUUUACUAACCGAAGAAGUAGGACCUGACUACCGUGUCGCUAUCGGCGCAGCUCUCAAGACUUGCUUUGCAAUAGGACAGAUGACGUUAGGGCUGCUUGCGUGGGCCGUGCCUAACUGGAGGACCCUGACGCUCGUGAUGUACAUCCCACAGUUCCUCACCAUCGCCUACUACUGGCUCAUCAGCGAGUCCGUGCGCUGGUACAUGAGCAAGGGACGCUUCGAAGAAUCUAAAGCUUUAUUGAAAAAGAUGGCGAAAGUUAACGGAAGGCAAGUGUCUGACAUAUCGCUGGAGGAAUUACGACAUACAGCUGAGGAGAAGUUACGGAGCGGUGCUGAUGAGGCGCGGAAGAGUGGCGAGCCGUGGCUGAUAGUGCAGGUGUUUCGGCACAGGCGUGUCUUACUGGCCUGUGUCGUGUCACCGAUCUGGUGGAUCACUACGACGUUCAUAUACUACGGGCUCUCGCUGAACGCCGUGAACAUGUCAGGCAACAAGUAUCUGAACUACGUGGCGGUGGCGGCGGUCGAGAUCCCCGGCUUCUGGACUGCCUACUACCUGAUGGGGAAGAUUGGACGCAAGGCAGUGCUCACUGGAGCCUUUUGGUUGUGCUCCGCUUGCCAACUUGCCUAUGUUUUGAUGCCUCAAGGUUUGUACAUGGCAUCACUGGUGGUGUACCUGAUAGCCAAGCUCGCCAUAGCCAUGGUGGCGACGUCUAUCUACGUGUACACGGCGGAGCUGUACCCCACCAAGCACAGACAUAGUUUAUUUGCCUUCUCUUCGAUGAUGGGGCGUAUUGGCUCCAUGAUGGCACCACUCACACCAGCAUUUGGCGCGCAAUGGUUCGCGGAGCUGCCGUUCGUGCUGUUCGGGUCGCUGGCGCUGGUGUCGGGCGCGCUCAUCUUCCUCACGCCGGAGACGCUGGGCACCACGCUACCCGACACGCUCGACCAGGCAGAACAUAUAGGCAAUAGCAAAGAGAAACAUACCAAGUGAACGCACCUGUAAUCUACACUAAACAUACAUUUUUUAUUACUUUUUUAUUUAUUUAUUAAAUGUAAUCUUUUAUUGUU